AUGGGGCCUCCAUCAGUUGGCCAGGCUGUCAUCAAAAGCAGGUUUCACAUAACUAGACCUGACUUAAUACAGCAGAAGUGUUCCACAGGCCUAGGGAAAAGCAUCAAGGUGACAGUGUUAGAAGGAGACAUUCUUAACACCCAGUACCUGAGGAUUGCCUGCCAGGGCAUCUCUGUUGUCAUCCACACUGCCGCCAUCAUUGAUGUCAGAGGUGUCAUUCCCAGACAGACAAUCCUAGAUGUCAAUCUGAAAGGGUCUGACCCAUACCCAUACAGCAAAAAGAUGGCUGAGAAGGCAGUGCUGGCAGCCAAUGGGAGCAUGCUGAAAAAUGGUGGCACUUUGCAUACUUGUGCAUUAAGGCCCAUGGGCAUUUAUGGGGAGAGAAAUCGAUUCAUUUCUAACAUGAUAAUUACAGCCCUCAAAAAUAAGUGUAUUCUUAGAGGUGGGGGCAAAUUCUCCACAGUCAACCCAGUAUAUGUGGGCAAUGUGGCCUGGGCACAUAUUCUGGCUGCCAGGGGCCUUCGAGACCCCAAGAAGUCACCAAAUAUCCAAGGAGAGUUCUACUACAUCUCAGAUGACACACCUCACCAAAGCUAUCAUGAUUUAAGUUACACCCUGAGCAAGAAGUGGGGCUUCUGCCUUGAUUCCAACUGGAGCCUUCCUGUGCCCUUACUGUACUGGCUUGCCUUCCUGCUGGAAACUGUGAGCUUCCUGCUGAGUCCAAUCUACAGAUAUAUACCUCCCUUUAACCGCCACUUGGUCACACUGUUAAGUAGCACAUUCACUUUCUCCUACAAGAAAGCUCAGCGAGAUCUGGGCUAUGAGCCACUUGUCAGCUGGGAGGAAGCCAAACAGAAAACCUCAGAGUGGAUCGGGACACUAGUGAUGAAGCACAGGGAGACCCUGGACACAAAGUCUCAGUGAUGGGAAGAGGAUGGAGACAUGGCCCUGGGUGUUACCAGCUCCCCCAGGAAGGACAAAAGCACAACUCAGUUGCUGAUGCCUUCUUUUGACACAGAGGCCAAUUUAGUGACUUAAUCAAGUCACCAAAUCCUUGCCAGUCACUGACCCAGCCACAAGCCUUCUUUCUGAAGUACCUCCCAAAAGAUACACAGCCACCUGUGCCCCAGCUCCUGGGUCCAAGCCCCUCAGUACCUCUUGUACCUCAGAGCUCUCUACAUUAAUUUCUCUCCCCAUUCAAAGCAUGUAUAGCCUUCAGAAAAUUCUGCUACUUUUAUGAAGCUCAAUGGAAGAAANAAUAAAUAUUUGUCAAUACCUCA